AUGACAGAUUUGGCCACAAGACUUGAACACAAAAAUGCUUCUGUUGGAGACAAUACUCGCGAUGCCUUGACAGAUCAGUCGGCGCUUUCUCAUAAGUUUAUCUAUGGCACAGUCACAUGCAUACAAGACGAUGAUUGUUUUGUCCGACAGGCUGCUGUCAGAGCUUUAGACAGCCGAGUGUUACCUGAAGGCGUCUUGAAUCGCGUAGUCGCAUUCCUGGAUGCCGAAAAGCCGGAGGUGAAACAGAGCGUGGAGGCUGCACUCCGAAAUUACAAAGAUCAAUAUCAGGACCUCCUCAACAGCCGCCAUGUCGGAUCACUCUAUCAAGCUCUACUUCGGUCAAGCUUGAGGGAACAUAUCACUUGGACCAUUGAAGAUGGUACUUCUUGCGUGACCCUGGGAGAAGAUGUCAGGAAAGUCUCUAUCUCCGAUCAGGAUGACUACUUGAAGACCAUCCUCCAGGCGCGGCCAGCGAACUAUCCCUCGAUGAGUUCAAAGCUUCAGCGAGAGAAGGACACUUUAUCUUGA